AUGUCUGGCUACCAACAAGGAGGCCACUAUGACGACGGCUACGGCCACCCGGCUGGCCAUGGUGACUCCUACUAUCAGGACGAGCAUGCUGCUGGGCAGGGCUAUUACGACCACCAGGACUACGGCGAUGGCUACUAUGACCGAGGUGCCUCGGGAGCCUACGCACACGACGGUGGUAAUCAGGGCUACGCUGAAGGGGGAUACUACGAGUCGGGCGGCCACCAGGAUGAAUACUAUGCCGACCAGUACUACGAUGCCGGUCAGGCUGGCUAUGGCCGUGGCCGGCGCGGCCAUGACUCCGAGGAGGACUCUGAGACUUUCAGUGAUUUCACUAUGAGAUCGGAGACUGCGCGUGCUGCCGACAUGGACUACUAUGGCCGUGGGGACGAGCGAUACAACAGCUACACUGACAGCCAAUAUGGUCGCGGUGGAUAUGGAUAUCGUCCGCCAUCAUCGCAGGUCUCCUAUGGCGGCAACCGGUCAUCAGGUGCCUCGACUCCCGUUUACGGCAUGGAAUAUGGAAACGCGUUGCCGGCUGGCCAGCGUUCGCGGGAACCCUACCCUGCCUGGACCUCAGAUGCCCAGAUUCCGCUGUCCAAGGAGGAGCUGGAGGACAUCUUCCUGGACCUGGUCAACAAAUUCGGUUUCCAGCGCGACAGCAUGCGGAACAUGUACGACCACAUGAUGACACUUCUCGAUUCUCGUGCUUCUCGCAUGACCCCUAACCAGGCUCUUCUGUCUCUGCACGCCGACUACAUUGGUGGUCAUAAUGCCAACUACCGCCGUUGGUACUUUGCGGCCCACCUGGACCUGGACGAUGCCGUUGGCUUCGCCAACAUGAAGCUUGGAAAAGCCGACCGCAAGACUCGCAAGGCCCGCAAGGCUGCCCAGAAGGCCGCCAAGCAGAACCCCGAGAACGAGGAGGAGACCCUUGAGGCUCUGGAAGGUGACAACAGCCUGGAGGCCGCGGAGUACCGCUGGAAGUCUCGCAUGAACCGGAUGUCCCAGCACGAUCGGGCUCGCCAGAUUGCCCUGUAUCUGCUCAUCUGGGGUGAGGCCAACCAGGUCCGAUUCUUGCCUGAGUGUCUGUGCUUCAUCUUCAAGUGUGCCGAUGACUACUAUACCUCGCCUGAGUGCCAGGCCCGCGUGGAGCCCGUUGAGGAGUUCACUUACCUCAACGAAAUCAUCACUCCUCUCUACCAGUUCUGCCGUGACCAGGGUUACGAGAUCUAUGAAGGCAAGUAUGUUCGCCGCGAGCACGAUCACAACAAGAUCAUCGGUUACGAUGAUAUGAACCAGCUUUUCUGGUACCCGGAGGGUAUCGAGCGUAUCGGCUUCGAGGACAAGACUCGCUUGGUCGAUAUUCCCCCGGCUCAGCGUUGGCCUAAGCUGAAGGAGGUCCUUUGGAAGAAGGCGUUCUUCAAGACCUACAAGGAGACUCGAUCAUGGUUCCACUUGAUCACCAACUUCAACCGUAUCUGGGUUAUUCAUCUGUGUUCUUUCUGGUUCUUCACUGCGUACAACGCCCCGACUCUCUACACCGUUGAUUACCAACAACAGUGGGAUAACAAGCCGUCCACUGCCAAGUAUCUGGCCGCCGUGGGUUUCGGCGGUGCCCUCGCUGCCUUCAUCCAGCUGUUUGCUACCAUCUGCGAGUGGAUGUAUGUUCCUCGCCGGUGGGCUGGUGCUCAGCACUUGCGCAAGCGGUUCUUCUUCAUCCUCGGCAUGUUCAUCCUUAACCUGGCGCCCGGCGUGGUUAUCUUCGGCUUCUUAGAUAUGCUGCCCUCCGGUAUCCAGAAGCCGGUUGGCCUUGCCCUUGGUAUUGUUCACUUCGUCCUUGCUCUCCUGACGGCGACCUUCUUCGCCGUUCAGCCACUGGGCGCCCUCUUCGGUAGUUAUCUGAAGAAGAACGGUCGGCAGUACGUUGCCAGCCAGACCUUUACCGCCAGCUUCCCGCGUCUGCACGGCAAUGACAUGUGGAUGUCUUACGGUCUUUGGGUUUGCGUUUUCGGUGCCAAGCUCGCUGAGUCCUACUUCUUCCUGACCCUGUCGUUCAAGGAUCCCAUCCGAAUUCUCUCACCCAUGACUAUCUACGAGUGCACUGGGGUCAAAUACCUCGGCAACAUUCUGUGCCACAGGCAGCCUCAGAUCCUGCUGGGUCUCAUGUUCUUCAUGGACCUGACGCUCUUCUUCCUGGACAGCUACCUGUGGUACAUUAUUUGCAACACCAUCUUCUCGGUGGCUCGCUCGUUCUACCUUGGUGUUUCCAUCUGGUCUCCAUGGCGAAACAUCUUCUCCCGCCUUCCCAAGCGUAUCUACUCGAAGGUCCUGGCCACUACCGACAUGGAGAUCAAGUACAAGCCCAAGGUGCUCAUCUCCCAGGUUUGGAACGCCAUCAUCAUCUCGAUGUACCGUGAGCAUCUGUUGGCGAUCGACCAUGUGCAGAAGCUCCUCUACCACCAGGUUCCCUCCGAGCAGGAGGGCAAGCGUACCCUCCGUGCUCCCACCUUCUUCGUCUCUCAAGAAGAUCAAUCUUUCAAGACUGAGUUUUUCCCUGCUGGUAGUGAGGCCGAGCGCCGUAUCUCCUUCUUCGCCCAGUCUCUGUCGACUCCCAUGCCCGAGCCUCUGCCCGUGGACAACAUGCCCACUUUCAGUGUUUUGAUUCCCCACUACGGUGAGAAGAUUCUUCUGUCCCUACGUGAGAUCAUUCGUGAAGAUGAGCCAUACUCCCGUGUUACUGUGCUUGAGUAUCUCAAGCAGCUCCACCCUCACGAAUGGGACUGCUUCGUCAAGGACACCAAGAUCCUGGCCGAUGAGACCUCUCAAUUCAAUGGCGAAUACGGCGAGAAGGGCGAGAAGGAUGCUGCUAAGAGCAAGAUCGAUGACCUUCCCUUCUACUGCAUUGGUUUCAAGUCUGCUGCUCCCGAGUACACUCUCCGCACCCGUAUCUGGGCUUCGCUUCGCUCUCAGACCCUGUACAGAACUGUCUCUGGUUUCAUGAACUACAGCCGCGCUAUCAAGCUCCUUUACCGCGUCGAGAACCCCGAGGUUGUACAGAUGUUCGGUGGUAACUCCGAGAAGCUCGAGCGUGAGCUUGAGCGUAUGGCCCGCCGCAAGUUCCGCAUCUGUGUUUCCAUGCAACGUUAUGCCAAGUUCAACAAGGACGAGCGCGAGAACACCGAGUUCCUCCUCCGUGCCUACCCCGACCUGCAGAUCGCGUACCUUGAUGAGGAGCCUCCUGUCAAUGAGGGCGAGGAACCUCGCCUGUACUCUGCUCUGAUCGACGGUCACUGUGAGCUGCUCGAGAACGGCAUGCGCAAACCCAAGUUCCGCAUCCAGCUGUCUGGUAACCCCAUUCUCGGUGACGGAAAGUCCGACAACCAGAACCACGCCAUCAUCUUCUACCGCGGUGAAUACAUUCAGCUGAUCGAUGCCAACCAAGACAACUACUUGGAAGAGUGCCUAAAGAUCCGCUCUGUUCUCGCCGAGUUCGAGGAGCUGACCACCGACAACGUUUCGCCCUACACUCCCGGUGUUCCCUCGCCAGACACCAACCCAGUCGCCAUUCUUGGCGCUCGUGAAUACAUUUUCUCUGAGAGCAUUGGUGUGCUUGGUGAUGUCGCUGCUUCCAAGGAACAAACGUUCGGUACCCUGUUCGCCCGUACUCUUGCCCAGAUCGGCGGUAAGCUGCAUUAUGGUCACCCUGAUUUCCUGAACGCAACCUUCAUGUGUACCCGUGGUGGUGUGUCCAAGGCUCAAAAGGGUCUUCACCUGAACGAGGAUAUUUACGCCGGUAUGAACGCCCUCCUUCGUGGUGGUCGUAUCAAGCACUGCGAGUACUACCAGUGUGGUAAGGGUCGUGACUUGGGUUUCGGCUCCAUUCUGAACUUCACAACCAAGAUUGGUACUGGUAUGGGUGAGCAGAUGCUCUCGCGUGAAUACUACUACCUUGGUACUCAACUGCCUCUUGACCGAUUCUUGUCGUUCUACUACGCUCACCCUGGUUUCCACAUCAACAACAUGUUCAUUAUGCUGUCUGUGCAGAUGUUCAUGAUCGUCCUGAUCAACUUGGGUGCCUUGAAGCACGAGACCAUUACUUGCCGUUACAACUCCGAUUUGCCCAUCACUGAUCCCCUGGAGCCAACAUACUGCGCUGAUCUCGCCCCCAUCAUCAACUGGGUGAACCGUUGUGUUAUUUCCAUCUUCAUUGUGUUCUUCAUCUCGUUCGUUCCCCUGGCUGUUCAGGAAUUGACUGAGCGUGGUGUCUGGCGCAUGGCUACUCGUCUGGCGAAGCACUUUGGUUCCUUCUCGUUCAUGUUCGAGGUGUUUGUGUGUCAGAUCUACGCGCACGCUGUCCACCAGAACUUGUCGUUCGGCGGUGCCCGUUACAUCGGUACUGGUCGUGGUUUCGCAACUGCCCGUAUUCCCUUCGGUGUUUUGUACUCUCGUUUCGCGGGCCCUUCGAUCUAUGCUGGUGCUCGUCUCCUGCUGAUGCUGCUGUUCGCCACCACCACUGUUUGGACUCCAGCUUUGAUCUGGUUCUGGGUUUCGCUGCUCGCCCUCAUCAUCUCACCCUUCCUGUUCAACCCUCAUCAGUUCUCCUGGAACGACUUCUUCAUUGACUACCGUGACUAUCUCCGCUGGCUGUCGCGUGGUAACUCCCGCUCCCACGCUUCGUCUUGGAUCGGUUUCUGCCGUCUGUCUCGAACCCGCAUCACUGGUUACAAGAAGAAAGUUCUUGGCGUUCCCUCCGAGAAAGGCUCUGGUGACAUUCCUCGUGCCCGCAUCACCAACAUCUUCUUCAGUGAGAUCAUCGCUCCCUUGGUCGUGGUUGCAGUGACGUUUAUCCCAUACUUGUACAUCAACUCCCGCACUAUGUUCAGUGACGACACCAAGUACGCCCCCGACGCUAUUGCGCGCAUUGCUAUCGUUGCAUUCGCUCCGAUCGGUAUCAACGCUGGUGUCGCUGGUAUGUUCUUCGGCAUGGCCUGCUGUAUGGGUCCCAUCUUCAGCUUGUGUUGCAAGAAGUUCGGUGCUGUCCUGGCUGCGAUUGCUCAUGCCAUCGCUGUCAUCGUCCUGAUCGUCUUCUUCGAGGUUCUCUUCGUUCUUGAAUCCUUCAACUGGCCCCGUACCGUCUCGGGCAUGAUCGCCAUGAUGGCUCUCCAGCGCUUCAUUUACAAGCUGAUCAUCUCCCUGGCCCUCACCCGUGAGUUCAAGAACGACCAGUCCAACAUCGCCUGGUGGACUGGUAAGUGGUACAACAUGGGUUGGCACUCCCUUUCCCAGCCUGGUCGUGAGUUCCUUUGCAAGAUCACCGAGUUGGGUUAUUUCGCCGCCGACUUUGUGCUUGGUCACAUCAUCCUCUUCUUCAUGCUGCCAGUCCUUGCCAUCCCCUACGCCGACAAGUUCCACUCUGUCAUCCUGUUUUGGCUGCGUCCCAGUCGCCAAAUUCGCCCCCCUAUCUACUCUCUUAAGCAGUCAAAGUUGCGCAAGAGACGUGUUAUCCGCUUCGCCAUUCUCUACUUCGUUAUGCUGGUCCUCUUUGUUGUUCUCAUUGCCGCACCGAUUGUUGUGCGCAAUAUGGAUAUCGACACCAGCUUACGCCGCACCCUCUAUAAUGCCAUCGGUGUUAAGUCGGGCAACAGCAUGUACCUCCUCCAGCCCCUUGACAAGGGCCUCAACGACACCCAGACCUACUACACCGGUAGCCACUUGCCCAAGGGUUUCUCGUCACAUGCUGUCGUCACUCCAACCGGUGGCAACGACGCUUUCCAGCGCUUACUGUGA